AUGGCCCGGACAAAGAAGGCGGAGAAUGGGGAUGGGGCAAAGCCGUGUGGUGGUGGUGGUUCUCAGCCGUCUGGGUCCUCGACGAAUUCCGCGAAUCAGAAAGCCCACAGAGCGCAAGAGGCGUUUAGGCGUCAGGCCGUCUUAUCAAAACUCCAAUUCAACAAAAUCAAAAAGCCAGACACCGUUGGGACGACAACGGUGGACCCGCCGGUUCUUGCGCAGAGUUCUCGCGCUGUCAGUGUGGCCGCAGAUCCGAACACGGAGACGCCCAUCACGGUGGAGGUGCGGGAUAUGGAGGUGGAUGGGGUGCCGUCGCUUGCAAUUGGUGGUGAUGCUCAGGUGCCUGUGUCCUCGUCGGGUGUCGUGGUGAACAGUAGCCCUCAAAAAGCGCAAGGACCUCCUGCGUGUCAGGUCGUUGACUUGGCAAAACCUCAGUUCAAGAAAAGCCAGAAUUCAAGGGCCGUUGGUGACACAACACUGGCACAAAACUCUCGCGCUGUCAGUGUCAGUGGAGCGUCAAAUUCGAAAGCAGCCCUGUCCUUGUCCACGAAGGCGCGAGAUAUGGACGUGGUGUUGUCGUCCGGCAUUGGUGGUGAGGGACAGGCAUCUGUGGCUUCGACGAGGGCCGGAGCGACGAACCGGUCUAAAGAAGCGGAAAGAACUCCUAUGCGUGAAGAGGUCAUGGCGAAACGUCGGUUUAGAAAACACGGUGAUCGGCAACCCUCGCAAGACUCUCGUGAUAGUGGUAGAGCGGCGAAUGGGAACCCUCGGAAACCCGUGUUGACAGCGGGGGCGCGGGAUAUGAAAGUGGUAUCGUUAGGUGGUGAAGUACGGACGUCUGUGCCCUCGGCGAGCGUAGUGACAAACCAACCCGGAAAAAUGAAUGAAGUCCCUACGCAUAAAGAGGUCCUGGCGAAGCUUCGGUUCAAUAAACACAAAAACUCUGGUGACCAGCCACCUUCGCAAAAUUCUCGUGCUGUCGGUGGAACGGUAGAUUCGAACUCGCGUGGGUCCAUGUUAGGUUGUGUGAAUGCUCAACGUGACCCGCCUACGCUUUCAAUUGGUGGCAGCUUGAGCUUAAAGUCGCAGAAUCCUGAGUCCGUAGUUGGGCACAUGGAUAAAGCGCACUUAGGGAGACCCUUAUCGCCUGUUAACGUUCACGGCAGAUCAAACCCGUCACAGAGUGUCUCUAGCAGUAACGAACCUCGAAAUCCACCACAUACCGAUAAAGCAGUACAUGUGAACUCACAGCCUUUCGUCAGCCGCGCAGUGAAGUUGGAGAGAAUGCAAGUUUUGGACAGUGGAUUGCAUCGGAAUGAUGCACAGACCUCUGUUGAUACUGUGUCAUUCUCAGCAGAUUUUCCCCCCAAGAAACGACCUCGAAAACAAAAAGGUGCUCCUCCGGACGACGUCGCCCUUGCGAAACUCAGACCUAGACAUUCGCAUAACUUGGGCGAUAUCGGGGGACGCGAUGUUAUCAUGUCCACUGAGGAGGAGACCUAUGUUGGAUCACAUGGUUCGCAAACCGUCACGGGCAAGGCGAUAGUGGGCCAUCAGCAAUGGCAAAACUCUAAUGUAGGGCAAAUAAAUGACAAAAACUCGAAGAUGCCCAACUUUGAGAAUGCAAACACUCCAGACGUAGACCGUCCUCCUAAAGAGAAGAUGCGUACUGCCAAAUUGAAGGGAGCCAAACCCAAUCUGGUACUUGCCGUAGUGGAAGGUGGUGUUUUACGUCAAAAGGAACCAGAGGCGCUUCAACUGGUAUCACCUCUACCACAACUCGAACCAAGCACGGCCACACAAAGCACCAUUGCGAAGAAGGAGCGAAAGGGGAAGGAUCGAGCGCCUGCGGAAUCUAUGGUGCAGAUGGACGAACAACCAGCGACUAGCUUCACGGCAGAAAAUUUCUUUCCUCAACGCGAACCAACGUCGUCCAUGGCACCAAUAAUACCCCCACUUGCUGAGGGAUCAUCGAGCGUUGAGACACGUCACCCUCGAAAAGCUAAAGAACCAGCUGCUGGCGAGCCCAAGGCGAAACGGGUCAAGUUGAGUGCAGCUACUACAAGCAGCGUGGUAUCUGCUUUCGUGCAUGAGACCUACCAACCAAUUGUACCAGCCCCAGUUCAAGAUGCCACGACGACAUCGGUUGGCGCGUUGCAAGUACCACCUUAUGGCGGAGCUAAGAGUGUUAAGACAAAGGGAAAGGCGAAAGAACCACCUACGGGUGGACCCAUAAACGGGGGUCAACUUGAUACCGCCGCUACUACAGGGCUUUACUUCGUCUACGAAAAUGCUCUUGCAUCAGCAUCAGCACCUGCCAACGACGUUUCUAUGGGCAGUGCUGAUUUACCAUGUUCUUCGUCCACCGCGAUCGCAGGUCAUGAUUCAGCUCAAGCUGGAGAGAAGCCACGUCGGAGGAAGGCGAAGGAACCUGCAAGUGGUGAACCUAAAGCCAAGCGAACUAAACGAGAUCCUCCAACGACCCAAGAGGGGCUUUCAGGAACUACUGAGUCUACACAAGAAGCUUCUGCGAGCAGUGGUAAGAGAGGCCGACCGAAGAAACAAAAAGAUCCAGCCGAAUCAACGACUGUUAAGGCCCCAGGGCAAAAGCGGGCCAAGAAAGCAAAAGAGAACGAAGUUGCAUCCAAGCCGAAAGCGCUUCCUAUCCCUACGCCGAACCCUCCGACCUGGAAACUAGUACCGGUGCUCAAACCCAAGGUCAAACAGGCGAAGCCUACUGCCACGGACGGCCAAACCAAGAAGCCCAAGCCGACAGGUACUGCUGCGCCAAAAUUCACACCUAGAAUCUGGUCAAGCAGCAAAGAAGAAUUCUUGACGGUUAUGCCCGAGUUGACUGGGACGAAAUGCGUCAACGGAGUAUCAUGGUUGUGUUCCCAGAACCCAUAUAUCUUGCUCGAGGAAGCCGGGAAGUAUUUUGGUGUGUCUGCUGCAGAUGGAAAGCGUGUUUUGGAGUUGACAACAACUCGGGACUUUGUAUGCGCAACGGAACAACUUUUGCAAGAGGUUGCCACUACGGAGUCGACUUCCCACUCCCAACCUACGCUUGCGGAAUCUAUGUGGCAGAUUGAAGGGGGUUCGAGAGCAAUUUCUGUCCUAGACCCUGCACCCAAUGCUACCACGGCUUCAAAAACAACCAAAGACUCUUUGGUCGGAGCGGGACCUUUAGCGGACAUUCCUGCGGAAUGUGCGAAUUCAUUCAAUGCCGAUCUUGGAACAACAAUUCCUCCAUCACUUGCACCCGCAACUCACCCUUCAAAAGAUGUUGCUCCCCUUUUGAAAGACGUUGAUCUUGCAUUAUCCCCUUCUUGCGCAAGAAACUACAAUCAUUUGGAUUGUAAAAACGGCAUCCCUGUCAAUUCAAUUCCGGAAUCGAAAAGGGGACCUCUUUCACCCAUCUUUAUUCCCAAAGCCAAGGUCACUGUCUUCUACGACGAUGGGAGUGUUCAUUCCUCGCAGACGCCAGAACCGUUUGGAAAGGACUUUGGCACCUAUCGUCUUAUCAGCGGUCAACCUCUGUCCCCCGAGACUGAUUCUCGGCUCAAUUCACCCCCAGGUCCUUCUUUGGGUAGCACCACCCUUUGUUCGCCUCCUACACCAUCCUCAGUCCCAAUGGCUUCUCUCGAGCGUCCUCCGAAUCCGCUGAUGCUGAAUAAUGUCGUAGAAGACCAUCAACGACAAGCUAUAUCCCUCCCUAUUAGCGACCACCCACCCACCUCCCCCGAUCUUCCUGCUGAGCGGCCUACCGUAUCGACUCCGGAGAAGCAACCCCAACAAAGCGCUGGGCGAGUUCCGUCAUCUUUACCUGAAGAACUCCAAACCCUCGUCGACGCUUACAUUCACAGUCUUCCGGUCACCGUCAUCGCAGCCCGCUCUUGCGUCCUGGACAUUUGGCCGAAUGUUUCUCUUGCAGAAGAGUUUGCCCUUGCGUUUCUGGGGUACUUUAAAGUGUUAGGUGUUAAGGAAGUACCAAUCAAGGCAAAUCAACCAAAGUCCCUUGCGUCUGGAAUGUCAGCCGGGAGAGUAGAGUGGUCGUUCAAGCUGGAAUGGGUAGCUGGUGGCGAAGAAUGGUUGGUUGCGCCCACAGACAAUAACAUCGACUAUUCGCGACCUUGGUGGGAUCCCGAGCCUACAAAGGCACCCGAAGCCCCAGCCCAAUCCACGCCCCAACCAGAGCUCACACUAGACGAGACAACUACGCAGAUGCAGCAGUUGGAGUUAUCGCCCAACGAGACGCCCAGUGAUCCCUUGGUAGAUCCAAAUGAUGAUUGGCAAUCGCGCUAUCAAGUCGAGAAAAUGUCCUACAGUAUAUGGGAUCGCCUGGGCGACAUUUAUUACUCACAGAUCUCAUCCCACUUCGUGGCGGCGUUUGGCUGUACCCAUAUCGUGCCCAGUGGUUGGUACUGUGUUCAGUGUGGAAAGCUGAACUUCCAGGCCAUGUUCCGGCAUCGCAGGUGUUCUAGUUCCGUGUGCAAGGCCACUGCUUUACCACCAGGGUUUGCGUUGGACUUGUCCGUCAUCCGAAAUCUUCACGACGCCCAACCUCUGCCCCUGCCAUACAAUACGUUCCCAGAAGGCGUGCAAGCGCGUGUUGCGUCGUGGUCAGAUGGCGUGCGCACACUUACGUAUACCCUAGAUGGGCUGCAGAAGCGCGUGAAGUUGGAGUUGAAAUCGGAAUCACCGGCGGGGGCUGCGGUACCAAUGAUCAAGCAUGUGUUCACAUGUAACAUGCCAUCGUUACAGGUAGCUGCGACCCAGCUGUUUAUGGAUAUACAGUCCUCCGUUGUGUUGAGUCGGACGGUGGAAGAUGGCAAUGCGAUUUUCAUGUAUUCGUGCCCCAUGGCGCCUUCUCCAGAGUCAAAGGCGAAGCAAGGAAAAGGGAAGAAGUCGUGCGUGAAGAGUCCAAAGCAGCAGCCAUUGCCUUGUUUGGUACAAGCUAAGGAUUUGCUGAUCAGCAAGGCGUCGGCUUACGCGGAAGUGGAUUCUUCUUUGUUGGGGGUCGAUCAUUUGGAUGUAAUGGCUUGGGCUACUAGUGGAAGUCAGAGGGGCAUUUACACCGCUUCUGCGACGAAGAAGACUGUCAUGAUGAUAUGUCUCGGGUGUGAAGUUGUGUUGACGUUGUCUCCAAAGGGUAAAGCUCCUCAGGUCGUUCGAAAGAAGACGAAGUUGCCAAAGGUAACCGAGAAGUCGAAGGAGGGAAAGACGACUGGGAAGCAGAGGAGGGGAAAGGCAAAGGCAAAGGACCAGGACCCACAUCUGCCAACCGAUGCACAACCUUCGGCUCCAGCAGAUUCUUCUUCGGUGAUAGGGCCAGUCACACAGGGGAUACAAAUGCUAGACCUGGACUCGCUGUUGACGAUGGAGGAUGAUGAAGAGGAUAUCAAACCUUGGCCAGCUCCAGUGGCGUCGACUUCGAGCAUCGUUCCCUUGUUCCAAAGUAUUGGCCCAUUUUCAUUCUGGCCAAAUCCAGUCGCCGCCUCAACCCCGUCUGCUAUGAUGGCACCAACAUCGAGCUUUGCCUCAAUAACACCAGCACCAGUGCCCGAGUCUGCCCUCCUACCUGACCUCGACUCUCUCAUUCGCAUGGACGAUGGCGAGGAUCAUCAUCAGGACAACCAUACCGCAGACGUGGAGAUGAGAGACGCGGAAGUACCUGAGCCUACAACCCUACCCCAACUUGACCCAGAUGUUGAAGAAGAUGAAGGACCGGAUAAGCCUGACACGGACAACGUUGUGGUCACACUUGUCCAUGGGGACGUUCUCGUACUGAGUGGGGCUGAGUUUCAGUAUUCUAUCAAACGGACUGGGACCAGCGUUCUUUUGAUUGGGACAUGCUACUCGAGUGCGGCUACGACGGAUAACCUGAAGAAGGUUUUCUAA